AUGAUUUCCUCUUCUGGUGCCAAAUUUUUUCUGUUCUUUACUUCAGUAACUGUGUUUAUUGCCACAAAUGCUAGCUUUCUGUAUGCAUCUGGUCGAAUUGAACCUGCAGCAGAGAAGCGGGCGCAGAACAUUCACCGAGUUGAUACACUUAUAUUGAUGAUAUAUGUGGCCCUGCUUGUGCUUAUAGUGUUAACCUCUUGGUUCUUUAAAAAACACCGGUUUCUUUUUAUUCACGAGACUGGACUCACUCUUUGCUAUGGACUUUUGAUUGGACUUCUGUUACGUUAUACAAAUGUUGGGGUCAUCAAAAGUAGUUCUGUAGAGGUCAUACCAAAAGAUCAUACGCAUUUGAAGGAACCUCCUGAUUAUUUGAGGCUUGAGGUGACACCGGACCCUUCUCAAAAUGUUCAAUUUCACUAUGAGCUUAUUGAAGGGUUUUUCGGUGACAAAGCACAGCAGGAAGAACGACAGAUGGAACAAAAGACUGUUUUUUCCCCCGAGAUUUUUUUCAAUAUUCUACUACCACCAAUUAUCUUUAAUGCCGGAUACAGCCUGAAAAAGCGCCACUUUUUCCGUAAUAUCGGAAGUAUCUUGACUUUCGUUUUUAUUGGUACCACCAUUUCUUCCUUAGGAAUUGGCGUAAUGAUGUACAUUUUCUGCUCAGUGUUCAGUCUUCAUUUCUCAUUCAAAGAACUUUUCUUUUUUGGCUCUAUACUCUCAGCCACUGAUCCAGUCACCGUUCUUGCCGUAUUUCAAGAAAUGCGCGUCGAAGCAGAUCUUUUUGCACUGGUCUUUGGAGAAAGUGUUCUUAAUGACGCUGUUGCAAUUGUUUUAUCCAGUUCCAUCGAUUCUUUUACUGCAAAGGGUGAUUUUGAUCUUGCAGCUCUUGUUGCGUCAACGCUAAGGUCGCUGUUUCUCGGUGCAACAAUUGGAUGUUCAAACGCGCUGCUGAUAAAAAUGACUUCAAUCAACGAAUAUCCGCUUCUUGAAUCUGCACUUUUUAUACUGCUCUCAUACCUAUCAUUUCUUUUGGCAGAAUUUGCUGAAUUAACGGGAAUCGUUGCAGCACUUUUUUGUGCUAUUUGUCAGGCACACUAUACUUACAACAACCUUUCAGAGGAGUCCCAGUCAAGAACGAAACAGUUCUUUGAGGUCAUAAGUUUUCUGUCUGAAAGUUUUGUGUUUUGCUGUAUUGGAGUGAGUCUCUUUGUUUCGUAUAAGGAGAAAUGGAGUGUGAUCUUUAUCUUUACACUUUCAAUGGUAGCGUCGAGGGCUCUGUUUAUAUAUCCCUUGAGCGCGUUAUUAAAUUUAAAACGGUCCCCUAUAAUUCCUACUUCUUACCAGCACAUGCUUUUGUUCUCAGGUUUACGUGGAGCGAUGGCGUUUGCUUUGGCAUCCAGAAACACUGCAACUGAUAAUAGGCAGAUUAUGGCUACGACGACGGCGGUCAUUGUCAUAUUUACUGUGUUUUUCAACGGCAGCUUAACUUCAUGGGUUGUUGACAAACUUCAGAUUAAGCAUGGUGAUGAGGCAUCGAAUGUGAAUCUCGAGCCUCUCCAGGCUUCAGAAAGUGCAGUUACUCCAAAUAAAACCGGCGCAGGACUCAAUCCUUGGGACAAGUCGUUUCUGCCUAGGAAAUGGUACAACUUUGAUGCAGUGUUUAUGAAACCAUUUUUGACUCAUGCCACUCCAUCACUGAUGGAGACGCUUCCAGGACUGUGCUUGCCGUUAGCAAAAAUCUUUACCUCGCAGAGGCAAAGGAGCACUGUUCAUUGUUAA